GGGAUGUUUACACCUGGAAACGCUCGCAAACGCGAGACAUACACGGCCGACGGCGUAAUAAUCGUCGGGGUGUCUAAAAUGAUAGGUCGUACAGUGACGAAACGCAGUGACGACCGAAUCGGCAACGAUUUAGUGAAUGUGCAAUAAAAUUCUUGAGCUUUGAUCUUUGUUAUCACGUCGUAACGUCGCAGCUUCGUUCCCCCAGCCACCGUCCAACUGAAUGAAACUCACUCGCUUGGCUCCUCGCGGCACGUUCGGUUCUGUGAAUAAAUCAUGAGCGUCGACAGCGAAAACAAGUCGAACGAGGCGAUUGCGCCGUACACCUCGUCAACGGAAUUGGAGAACGGCGCGGACGGGAGCGUCGAUGCUGUCCCGGUGACGCCAGAAAUGGUGCUCCGAUUACCUACCAUUACAGAUAAAUAUCUCUGUUCUCCGGAAGCUAAUGUCUAUGACAUAGACUUCACGAGGUUCCAGAUUAGGGAUCUGGAGACUGGCGCUGUGUUGUUCGAGAUAACGAAGCCGCCUGCAAGUGAAUGCGACGCUCAUCAAGAACCGGAGCCGGAUUGCGAGGAACUUGGAUCCGAGGAUGCGAACACGGGUCGCUUUGUACGAUAUCAAUUCACGCCGCAGUUUCUCAAGCUGAAGACCGUCGGAGCGACAAUCGAAUUCCUAGUGGGGCCCAAGCCAAUCAAUAACUUCCGCAUGAUAGAGCGACACUUUUUUCGGGACAAGCUGCUGAAAACGUUUGAUUUUCAAUUUGGAUUCUGCAUACCGAACAGCAAAAAUACAUGCGAGCACAUUUACGAGUUUCCAACGUUGCCUGCGGAUCUGGUUUCCGAAAUGAUCGCGAAUCCGUUUGAGACGCGAUCCGACUCGUUUUAUUUCGUCGACAAUCAGCUUGUGAUGCACAAUAAGGCCGACUAUGCGUAUAAUGGUGGACACACGCACGACGUAUUGUAGGGUGCGGUUUGUUGACUAGUACUAUUGCAAGUGAUAUAUAGAAUUAUGUCGCAGUUAUAUGAAAACAAGACACAUUUUACCGGCGAUAAUGACGAUCAAGCUGCACACUUGGCCAGCACUUGCCACUUCGUCUCUCUCAACACGAAAUCGAGCUUAGAAGUUUGGUGUUGGUAUUUUUUGAACACGCGAUAUCGUUGCAAUGGAAAUGCUUUUCCAAGUGGUCCCUUCAUUUCUUGGAGAAUCAAAUAGUUCCUAUUUUUCCUUAGCGGAAGGAGACACGGCUUAUUUGUAAAUUAUUAUUCGAUCCAAAGUUGUACUUAAUUUUAUAGGACGUUUUAUUAGAGGAAGUUUGCUCUCAUGUGAUAUAUUCGCACACGGUAGCGUAUUGACGCACUGACACACGGCCUUUUGCGUGGAACCACUCGAUUCCACGUGGUUUUUGCUCUCUAAUUUUUUAAACUGCAUAGUCUGUGUACACGUCGUUCCGUUAUUGUGAAACGCGCGAUGAACUGGAGGAAAUUUAUGGAAAUUGAACGUUCAUGCUCAAUGGUGCUUUUACUGCAAUUGCAACUUGCCGUUUCUUUACACUCUUACACGACUGCAUUGUUUAAAUAUCUUUUUCACCCUGUUCUGUAAUAUCGUAUGGAACUCACUCCAAAUACAUGUAUAUAUUUACAAUG